UCUAAUGGGUUUUGUUUGUUGUUUGUGAUUUAUAUUACAAAUUAAUUAUUAUAUGAAUUAUUAAAGAAAGAAAGAUUAGUGCUUAUGAAUGUUAACCUAUCAGUAACAUAUAAUACUAUGGAAAUAUGCCAAACUUGUCUAAGAACUGGCGUCUAUAUCCAUCCCAUGUCUGUAGAAGAUUUAAAAAGUUACCGCUUAUUUAUACCGAAGGUAGAAGAUCCAUUGGUUAUUAUGUAUAUUUGUAUAUACUGUAAGAGUUUCCUGCGAAGAAUUGUCAAAUUUAUUGAGCAAUGUCGACUCUCCGACGCUAUUAUAAAGGAGGCUCUUAGUAAAGGUCCAGAAAUACUACCGAAAGUAGGAUGUGAUCGUUUGGGUACAUCGAAAACAACAUACAAUUAUGUAGGAACUCGUAAUGAUGUAGAUUUUAAAGAAGAAGGUGAUCUUAAAAACGAGACAAAAGAUGAUGAGAUACCGUUAUUAAAUGCCAAUAACGGUGAUGAAGACUGUGAUGAUUAUUACGAUGAGGAAUUGGUUCCAGAAGGUUCCCCUAAAGUUAGAAUAGAUCGUUUGGGUACAUCAGUAAUAACGUACUAUUACGUAGGACCUGAUAGUGAUACAGAUUUGAAAUUAGAAGACAAUCUUAAAAACGAGGAUGAUGAUGACGAUGACAUACCGUUAAUAUUUCUCAAUCCUAGCAACGGUGAUGAUUGUAAUGAUCGUUAUGAUGAUGAGGAAUUGGAUAAAUCCAACAUGAAAAUGGAAGUUAAAAUAGAAGGUUUCGAAGAUAUAGCACAGACGGAUAGACCAAACGGUAAAACAAAGAAACCCAAGAAGAAACAUGUUAAAGAAGGAUUCACGACAAGAAUGGUGACCGAGACGAAUGAGUAUGUCGUCAUCAAACUAACUAAAGAACAGAUAAUGGAAGAAAUGAAGCAAAAUUCGAACAGCGAGAAGUACAAAAUACUACCAUAUAAGUGUGAGAAGUGCGUCAAAGGUUUCAACUUCGAAGAUGUUCUGCAAUCACAUAUGGAAAAACAUUCCCCUAGCAAUGGUCCGUUUCAAUGCGAGCUCUGUGAACAAUAUUGUCCGAGUAAGGUGUCAUUACGGGGUCAUAUGAAGUCGCAUUCAACGAGAUAUAAAUGUAAAUUGUGCGAUUUAGUAAGACUGUCACGGCAACACAUACUCGAGCACUACUCAUUGGAGCAUACGGAUUCAGCUGCGCUGUACAGAUGUCCCAAUUGCCCCCACACCACUAAUAAGCGUACCGUGAUGCAAAGACACGUGAGGUUGCAUUCGACAAACGAGCCACUGAAGUGUAAACUGUGCGGGAAAUUAUAUAAGAGUAAGGAGUCGCUAAGGGUUCAUGUUAUGCGUCACGAUAGCAAGAAGUUGCAUCAAUGCGAUGUAUGCACGAGCUCGUUCGUCUACGCCACGCAGCUGACGAAACACAUGCGGUCGGUCCACGAACGGAUGGACUACUAUUGCGUGGAAUGCGAUGUAAUGUUCAAAUCGAUGGAUAAUUUGAAACAGCACUUACAACGAGCUAAGAGACACCGGGACUCGUCAUCGUACAAGUACCAGUGCCCGCACUGCGAGCAGCGGUUCGUGUCGGCGGCGACGCUGGCGACGCACGGCAGCGCGGCGCACGGCGCGGACAAGCCGGCGCGCUGCGAGCGCUGCGCGCGGCGCUACAGCAGCGCCGACGCGCUGCGCGGGCACCGCCGCCGCGCGCACGCCGAGCCGCCGCGCGCGCUGCCGUGCCCGCUGUGCGACCGCGCCUUCUCGCGUAAGUAUGUCCUGCGUAUGCACAUGCGUACACACACAGGGGAGCGCCCGCACACAUGCCCCUGCGGCGCCGCCUUCGCGCAGGCCUCUGCCCUCCGAGCGCACUCCGCUGCCAAGCAUAAGAAAUGAAAAUGGAAGGGUACUUGCAAGAAACGAACUUUAAUGCUCGAGGAAUCUUGAAAAUUGUGAUAAUAUUGAAUAAAUGAUCUAGUAUGAUUG